AUGGAGUCCAACCAUCACGAGUGGAUGAAUUCGGGCGAUCAAGAGGUUGAUCAGCAAGAGCUAGACUAUUCCGAUGGCGUCGCGAGAUCCUACCAGUGCGUGUUCUGCAAGAGAGGAUUUACGACUGCGCAGGCCCUGGGAGGACACAUGAACAUCCACAGGAAAGAUAGAGCCAAGACGAGGCCUGUUGCUAAUUCAACUAAUUUCAAUAAUAAGAAAGAAGAGAGUUAUUCGGGGCCUCGAUUUUACCAGCCGAUUUCAAGCUAUGGGCCGUGCUAUGCUGCAGGCCAGAGGGGUCAGACGAUCCAUUACAGGACUUUCUUCCCGGCCUCCACUAGUUCAACUCAUGAUCUGCGUUCCGUUCCGUUCGGAGAGGAGUCCGAGUACCGUAUGAGCUUGAGUAAUUUGCAAUACGGGGCAUCGAAAUAUGCGGAUGAUUUGGAGAAGAUGAGAGGUGGGAAUGAAAACGAUGGACUUGAUUUGGAGCUUCGCCUUGGCCAUUAA